AUGACAUUCCCAUCUACGUACCGCGCAUACCAAUACGAAAAGUACGGCCCGAUCGAAACGGAGCUCAAGCUCAAGGCCGGCCUGCCACAACGAACCCUCAGUGCCCAGCAAGUCCGUAUCAAGGUGCGCAGCGCUGCGGUGAACCCUAUCGACUACAAGUUGGCUGAGUUUAUGGGCCAAAUGUUCUUCGGGAAGGCCCCGUCGGUCGAUGAACCCUUCAACGUUGGCUUCGACGUCUCCGGUGAGGUGGUGGAGGUCGGUAGUGACGUCAAGCGCGUGAAGAUUGGCGCCGCAGUGUACGCCUCGACUCCAUUGAAUGACAUGGGAACUUUGGCUGAGUACUUGGUUGUGGACGAAGGUUUCGCGGCAUUGAAGCCUAGCAACUUGAACUUCAACCAAGCCGCGGCUCUACCGACAGCGGCCUUAACGGCCUACGCUGGCAUGACGACUCACGCAGAGCUCAAGAAAGAUGAUGCUGUGCUCAUUUUGGGCGGCAGUACUGCUGUGGGGAUGUUCGCCAUCCAAUUCGCCCACAACAUUGGAGCUCGUGUGAUCACGACCACGAGCACUCGAAACGUGGAGCUUGUCAAGUCGAUGGGUGCUGACCAGGUCAUCGACUACACGAAGGACAAGUGGACAGACGUCCUUGCACGGCACUUGGUGGAUGUGCUGUACGAUUGUGGCGUGGAGCCCUCGUCUUGGAACGACGGCGCGCAGUUGGUGCUGAAGAAGAAGGUUCAUUACCUUGCUGCCAAUGCCGGAGCCCGUGAAGGAAUCCGAAUUCGGCGCGCAGCUCAUCGGAUUAGUCAGCGCUGUCGACAAUUCGGCGAAAGCGCUGGAGGUGAUUACGAAACGGCUCUGGAUGCGUACAAGAAGCUGAAGACCAACCACGCGCAAGGCGAGUUGGUGGUUCAGGUGCACGUGUGA